AAAUACUCAAACAAUCCCCAGCUGCCGGCAGUUGGCGCAUCAGCUGCGUGCUUGAAGGCACCGGUCAGACAGUAGCAGGCGAGCAGCCAACCGGGACCUGCUUCCAUUUUUCCUGACAUUUGGCUUUUGAAACAGAGGGGCCCAAGCCGGGAAAAGUAGGAUGGGGGCCGGAGCUAGCGCCGAGGACAAACACUCCAGGGAGCUGGAGAAGAGGCUGAAGGAGGAUGCUGACAAGGACGCAAGGACCGUCAAGCUGCUGCUGCUAGGGGCUGGAGAAUCAGGCAAGAGCACCAUUGUCAAACAGAUGAAAAUUAUCCACAAAGAUGGUUAUUCGCUUGAAGAAUGCUUGGAGUUCAUUGUCAUCAUCUACAGCAACACCCUGCAGUCCAUCAUGGCAAUCGUGAAGGCCAUGAACACACUCAACAUUAACUACGGCCACCCCGAUCAACAGGAUGAUGCUAGGAAACUGAUGCAUCUUGCAGACACCAUUGAGGAGGGAACCAUGCCCAAAGAAUUGUCAGACAUCAUUCUGCGUCUGUGGAAAGACUCUGGCAUCCAGGCCUGCUUCGACAGGGCUUCAGAGUAUCAACUCAACGACUCAGCUGGAUACUACCUCAAUGACCUGGAGCGACUGGUCCAACCAGGCUAUGUGCCCACUGAGCAGGAUGUGCUGCGAUCAAGAGUGAAAACCACUGGUAUCAUUGAGACCCAAUUCUCCUUCAAAGAUCUUAACUUCAGAAUGUUUGAUGUGGGUGGCCAGAGGUCAGAGAGGAAGAAGUGGAUUCAUUGUUUCGAAGGUGUCACCUGUAUCAUCUUCAUUGCUGCUCUGAGCGCCUAUGACAUGGUGUUGGUGGAGGAUGACGAAGUGAACCGAAUGCACGAGAGUCUCCACUUGUUCAACAGUAUCUGCAACCACCGCUACUUCGCCACCACCUCCAUUGUCCUCUUCCUGAACAAAAAGGAUGUGUUCCUUGAGAAGAUCAAGAAAGCCCAUCUCAGCAUGUGCUUCCCCGAGUACGAUGGGCCCAAUACUUAUGAGGAUGCUGGCAACUACAUCAAAAUCCAGUUCCUGGACCUGAACUUGCGCCGAGAUAUAAAAGAAAUCUACUCGCACAUGACCUGCGCCACAGACACAGAAAACGUCAAGUUUGUGUUUGACGCCGUAACCGACAUCAUCAUCAAAGAAAACCUGAAAGACUGCGGCCUCUUCUAAGAGCCAAGCAGGGAAACUAAAUGAAGGGUAGCAUCUUAGCCCUGUCACAUUCCUCAGAUUCCUCCUCAAUUCAAACAGGGAGACAGCCCUAUCAAAAAGCCAUCAUCAAACCAGUGAAUGCAAAA